GUCUGAAUACAUCGCUUACGACAUCAGUGAAAUUCAUGCAGCAGCCGAACAUACAGUAGAUGGCCUCCACACAUAGUUUACACUAUCUAUCUGACGCGACUUCGGGAAGAUUCGUACCUUUUGCUGGUCGGUUCACACAGACAGGCGCAGCAUUACGCAUCAUGGAUUACUUCUAGCUGUAAGAGGUGGUAAACGGGCUAGUACUUUCUGAUCAUUGCGUUUCAGAAGUACGAUCAAUCCAAUUGUGCGCUCAUACAAAUAGUUUUCCGAUCUCACCGGCAGGACAGGAGCACACCCUUCUCAUUCCUGUAUCUCUGGUUAUAUCACUCCAUAGCAGUGAAGUGCCUUGAUAACAAUGGUUGGCUGGUCUCACUAUGCAACGCCAGACCCUGAGUUCAUGGCUGCAGUAGCAAAGUCACCACCUCAGCAACUUCCAGAAGUAAAAAGCGCACUUGAGGGUGACCAGGAAGUCAUCAAAGCUCAGGAGGCCUUUGCAGAGAUGCUGCACAAGGCUGUAGAGGCUGCUGGCCCACCUGUGGGUAUAACGGUGGUAGAGAAGCGGAUUCCUGUGACCACGCCCCCAGGAGAUAUAGCAAUCAGUUCGGAGGCAUUUCCUGUGCACGUCCAUUUUCACGGUGGAGGCUACUCAGUAGGAAACCUCGACACCGACGAGCUCGUUUGCCGAGCAAUCUCUGCAAAACAUCGCAUUGUCGUUGUGAAUGUCGACUACCGUCUCGCUCCUCAAUUCCGCUGGCCAACGGGUCCAACUGAUGCAUACGAUGCUGUAAAAUGGGUAGCCUCCAAUGCAUCAGAAUUGAGAGUUGAUCUCAAGAAAGGUUUCAUUGUCGGUGGCCUUUCUGCAGGUGGAAAUUUCACAUGUGUAGUUACGCAACGUGCACGAGAAGACCCGGAUCUUCAAGGUAAAAUUACAGGCCAAAUUUUGCAAGUCCCAGGAACUAUGUCGCAUGCAAAGGAAUUUCCAGAACAUUUUAGAGACAAAUUGAAAUCUUAUGGACAGUGCAAAGAUGAUCCCAUACUUCCUCGUUCAAAUCUUGCAUUAUUCGCGGGUGCCUACCGGCCUGGUGAUCCGUGGGACCCUGCUGUGUCUCCUCUGCUGGCAAAGUCCUUCUCUGGCCUUCCUCCUGCCUAUGUUCAGAUCGCUGGAAUGGAUCCUUUGCGCGAUGAGGCCCUCCUUUAUGCCCAGAUGAUGCAGGAAAGCGGCGUCCCGACUAAGGUCGAUGUAUAUCCUGGAGUGUCGCAUGGAUUCUCGUUUUACUAUCCAACGAUUGGUGCCAGCGUGAAAUGGCGCGCAGAUCUGGACAUUGGAAUUCAAUGGGUUUUAGGAUUUGCUAAACGGUAAACGACUAAGAAUGCAAACCAUCUUCGUUAUGCGUCGAUGGUCGUAUAAAGUAAAGUUGUAAACGUUUGAAACACAAACUGGUAGUUGUAAAGAAAAAAUCAGUUCAGGAACUUGGAUAUUGUACAGC